AUGAAACAAGCUGUUGUUAGGAGCAUCUUCCGAAUUGAAGCACACGUCUGCUUGGGAGAUGAAAAGCGGGAGGAGUUCCUGAAACUGACAGGAGUAGACCAGUCACCCCACCCACUCCAUAACAAGAGGUGUCUGAGGACGGUUUUAGAUAGCAUGGUUGCCACCGUGAAUAGCACUUUGAACUGGUUACGACGGCUUAUGUACAACUCCAACUGUAUGGUCUGCCCCGCUUAUAACAAAGAGGGUGACUGUGAUACGUCAGGGGUGGCCUACAGAAUCAUAUUUCGCUAUGGCGCGACAAAAUCACCGCUCGUGGCUGUGGCGAUAAAUAUAUUGGCUAAACAGCUCGUUACUUUGCGUUAG